GGCUACAGGUUGCUUUCUUUCACCAAGGAAACAUCUUUAUGGAUUAUUUCACUGCAACUCCAUGAUGCUUGGACUUGAAUCACUUCCCGAUCCUAUGGACACCUGGGAGAUUAUAGAGACCAUUGGUAAAGGCACCUAUGGCAAGGUCUACAAGGUAACCAACAGGAGAGAUGGGAGUCUGGCCGCAGUGAAAAUUCUGGACCCCAUUAGCGAUAUGGAUGAAGAAAUUGAGGCAGAAUACAACAUUUUGCGAUUUCUUCCAAAUCAUCCCAAUGUUGUAAAGUUUUAUGGAAUGUUUUACAGAGCAGAUCGCUGUGUGGGUGGACAGCUGUGGCUGGUCCUGGAGCUGUGUAACGGGGGCUCCGUCACUGACCUUGUGAAAGGCCUCCUCAGGAAUGGCCAGCGGUUGGAUGAAGCAGUGAUCUCUUACAUCUUGUAUGGAGCUCUCUUGGGCCUUCAGCAUUUGCACAACAACCAAAUCAUCCACCGUGAUGUGAAAGGGAAUAACAUUCUUCUGACAACAGAAGGAGGAGUUAAACUCGUUGACUUUGGGGUCUCAGCUCAGCUCACCAGCACACGCCUACGGAGAAACACAUCAGUUGGUACCCCAUUCUGGAUGGCCCCUGAGGUCAUUGCUUGUGAGCAGCAGUAUGACUCUUCCUAUGAUGCUCGCUGUGACGUCUGGUCCUUGGGGAUCACAGCUAUUGAACUGGGGGAUGGAGACCCUCCCCUCUUUGACAUGCAUCCUGUGAAAACGCUCUUUAAGAUUCCAAGGUGUCUUAUUAAGGAUUUUGAAAGGCGGCCUUCCGUCACACAGCUCCUGGACCACCCGUUUAUUAAAGAAGCUCAUGGAAAGGUUCUGUUUCUGCAAAAACAGCUGGCCAAGGUGCUUCAAGACCAGAAGCAUCUGAACCCUGUUGCUAAGACCAGGCAUGAAAGGAUGCAUACCAGAAGACCCUAUCAUGUGGAAGAUGCUGAAAAAUACUGCCUUGAGGAUGAUUUAGUUAAUCUAGAGGUCCUGGAUGAGGAUACAAUUAUUCAUCAGUUGCAGAAACGUUAUGCAGACUUGCUGAUUUACACAUAUGUUGGAGACAUCCUAAUAGCUUUAAACCCCUUCCAGAAUCUAAGCAUAUAUUCCCCGCAGUUUUCCAGGCUUUAUCAUGGAGUGAGACGUGCCUCAAAUCCCCCCCACAUAUUUGCAUCAGCAGAUGCUGCUUACCAGUGCUUGGUUACUUUCAGCAAAGACCAGUGCAUUGUUAUCAGCGGAGAAAGCGGCUCAGGGAAGACGGAAAGUGCCCACCUGAUUGUUCAGCAUCUGACUUUCUUGGGAAAGGCCAACAAUCAGACCUUGCGAGAGAAAAUUCUACAAGUCAACUCCCUGGUGGAGGCCUUUGGGAAUGCAUGUACUGCAAUCAAUGACAACUCGAGCCGUUUUGGAAAAUACCUCGAAAUGAUGUUUACACCAACUGGAGCUGUGAUGGGGGCAAAAAUCUCUGAAUAUCUCCUUGAAAAAUCCAGAGUCAUUAAACAGGCAGUGGGAGAGAAAAACUUUCACAUAUUUUACUAUAUUUAUGCUGGUCUUUCUCACCAACGGAAACUUUCUGAAUUCAGACUUCCUGAGGAAAAGCCUCCUAGGUACAUAGCUGAUGGCACCGGGAGAGUCAUGCACGAUAUAACUUCCAAGGAGUCUUAUAGAAGACAAUUUGAAGCAAUUCAGCAUUGCUUCAGGAUUAUCGGGUUCACUGAGAAGGAAGUGCACUCAGUGUACAGAAUUCUGGCUGGGAUUUUGAACAUCGGGAACAUUGAGUUUGCAGCUAUUUCCUCUCAACACCAAACUGAUAAGAGUGAGGUGCCCAAUUCAGAAGCUUUGGAAAAUGCUGCUUUUGUUCUCUGCAUCAGCCCAGAGGAGCUGCAGGAGGCCCUCACCUCCCACUGUGUGGUCACCAGGGGUGAAACCAUCGUCCGUGCCAACACUGUGGACAGAGCAGCCGAUGUCCGGGACGCCAUGUCCAAAGCCCUGUACGGGAGACUCUUCAGCUGGAUUGUGAAUCGCAUCAACACACUCCUGCAGCCAGACAGAAGCAUAUGGCAAGUUCCCCAGGGAAGCAUGGGUUUCAGGAGGCCUGUCUUCAACCCACUGUCUCUGAAGGUUUAUAAGAGGGAGCGUUUGAUCCUCCCUGGGGUUUUCUUUAGCACAGCUCUCAGGCUUUCUCCUUUAAAAGACUCCUGA